AGGAAGAGUGAGGGCUAGGGGAGAGGGAAAAAGAAAGGAAAGAAAGGGCUCAGCGCCUCCCCGCCGAGCCGUGGACAGAGGGGCACUUUCGGCUGGCGGGUGAGGUCGCUGAGGGCCCAGAGGAGAUGUUUUCCCUCUCGAGUACGGUGCAGCCCCAGGUUACAGUUCCUCUGAGUCAUCUCAUCAAUGCCUUCCAUUCACCAAAAAACACACCUAUUUCUGUCAGUGCAUCAGCUUCACAAAACCAGCAUCGAGAUGUAGUUCCUGAGCAUGAGUCUCCUGGCAAUGAGCCUGUACUUAAUUUAAGAGACCUUGGAUUAUCUGAAUUAAAAAUUGGACAGAUUGAUCAACUGGUAGACAAUCUACUUCCUGGAUUUUGUAAAGGCAAGAGCAUUUCUUCCCAUUGGCAUACAUCUUAUGUCUCUGCACAGUCCUUCUUUGAAAAUAAAUAUGGUUACUUAGAUAUGUUUAGUACUUUACGUUCCUCUUGCCUGUAUAGACAACAUUCAAGAACUCUUAAAAGUAUUUGUUCAGAUCUUCAGUACUGGCCAGUUUUCAUACAGUCUCGGGGUUUUAAAACUUUGAAAUCAAGAACACGGCGUCUACAGUCCACCUCUGAAAGAUUGGCAGAAACACAGCAUAUAGCGCCAUCAUUUGUAAAGGGGUUCCUUUUGCGGGACAGAGGAUCAGAUGUUGAGAGUUUGGACAAACUCAUGAAGACCAAAAAUAUACCCGAAGCUCACCAAGAUGCGUUUAAAACUGGUUUUGCAGAGGGUUUUCUGAAAGCGCAAGCACUAACACAAAAAACCAAUGAUUCUCUAAGACGAACUCGUCUGAUUCUCUUCGUUCUGUUGCUGUUUGGCAUUUAUGGACUCUUAAAAAACCCAUUUUUAUCUGUCCGCUUCCGGACAACAACAGGGCUUGAUUCUGCAGUAGAUCCUGUCCAGAUGAAAAAUGUCACCUUUGAACACGUUAAAGGAGUGGAAGAAGCUAAACAAGAAUUACAAGAGGUUGUUGAAUUCUUGAAAAAUCCACAAAAAUUUACUGUGCUUGGAGGUAAACUUCCAAAAGGAAUUCUUUUAGUUGGACCCCCAGGGACAGGAAAGACACUUCUUGCUCGAGCUGUGGCUGGAGAAGCUGAUGUUCCUUUUUAUUAUGCUUCUGGAUCAGAAUUUGAUGAGAUGUUUGUGGGUGUGGGAGCCAGCCGUAUAAGAAAUCUAUUUAGGGAAGCAAAAGCAAAUGCUCCCUGUGUUAUAUUUAUUGAUGAAUUAGAUUCUGUUGGUGGGAAGCGAAUCGAGUCGCCAAUGCAUCCAUAUUCAAGGCAGACUAUAAAUCAACUUCUUGCUGAAAUGGAUGGUUUUAAGCCCAAUGAAGGAGUUAUCAUCAUAGGAGCCACAAAUUUCCCAGAGGCAUUAGAUAAGCUGCUUGGAGUUAUGACCUACAGUGAUACAGGGAAACUGAGUCCAGAAACUCAAUCUGCUAUUGAACAAGAAAUUAGAAUCCUUCUAAGGGACUCAUACGAACGAGCAAAACACAUCUUGAAGACUCAUGCAAAAGAGCAUAAGAAUCUAGCAGAAGCUUUACUAACCUAUGAGACCCUGGAUGCCAAAGAAAUUCAAAUUGUUCUUGAGGGAAAGAAAUUGGAAGUGAGAUGAUAACUCUUAAAAUGGAUGCAUUGCUGGUUUUACUGCAAGAAUAUAUAAGUAGCAUUUCAGUAGUCUCCUUUUGCAAUGCUUUUCUCCCAUUCUUGACUUAGUAUCAUCACUUAAGGGUCUGAAACUCUAUGUUAAUCUUUUGUCACAUUUAAUCUAAU